UCCGGAAGUGCGUUCUUCCUGUUGCUCCUCCUUUGAGCUAACCGUAGGUUGGUGUCAUCGUCUUACAGUUUUUGGGGUCUGACCGCAGAAACUACAGCCCUAUUUCGUGUCCAGACCCGAAUACAUAUUUUGCCGGGGUCUCUGGAGAGAUGAACAACAACGGGAACAAGAGAGCUCCAACCACAGCUACUCAGCGACUUAAGCAGGAUUACCUCAGGAUAAAGAAAGACCCUGUGCCUUACAUCUGUGCUGAACCUCUCCCCUCCAACAUCCUAGAAUGGCACUAUGUGGUGAGAGGUCCUGAAAAAACUCCGUAUGAAGGAGGUUACUAUCAUGGAAAGCUCAUAUUUCCUCGGGAAUUCCCAUUUAAGCCACCAAGUAUUUACAUGAUAACACCUAACGGCAGAUUUAAAUGUAAUACAAGGCUAUGUUUGUCCAUCACAGACUUCCAUCCGGACACGUGGAACCCGGCAUGGUCCGUCUCCACCAUCCUCACAGGUCUGCUCAGCUUCAUGGUGGAGAAAGGUCCUACCCUGGGGAGCAUCGAGACCUCCGACCACACGAAACGACAGCUCUCAGCCCAAAGCCUCGCCUUCAACCUCAAGGAUAAAGUCUUCUGCGAAUUGUUCCCCGACGUCGUCGAGGAAAUGAAGCAGAAACAGAAAAUUCAGGAAGAGAUAAAUGCCCGCACUCAGCCCCUCCCCUUGCCCGAUGUGGUGCCCGAUGGCGAUCCCCAGCAGGCCCACUAUGGCCUCCCCGCCCUCAAUGGUGGUCCUGUCCCACUCGGGGGCGCCAACCCCGCCGCCGGCCUGCAGCAACCCAAUCGCAAUCAUGGACUUUUAGGCGGCGCUUUAGCCAACCUGUUCGUCAUUGUAGGCUUUGCUGCGUUCGCCUACACAGUCAAGUACGUGCUGAGGAGCAUAGCACAGGAGUGAGAGCGCAGCACAAACGCUACUUGGACAGGGAGGUUCAAUCCCGGGACCACCACGGACUCUGGAAGACAAAAAGUCAAAGCAACCCACCCAGGAAGGACUACGAGGGGGGUAGAGGGGAGUAAAAGCAGUGGUGCAUCGGUGGUGGAAACAAACGCGGCUCAUGGGUUGUGGAGGAGUGAAGUCUUUUAUAUCGCUGAUCACAAGUUCAGUUAGUGGAGUGGUGAAAAAAACACUCUUCUCCUCCUGCUCUGUUAUCAAAACACUUCCUCCCGCUUUUUGUUAUGCCGCACUCAUCACUUGUGUGAAGUCAUCGCAUCACAGACCCACUGAGACACAUCAAGAAGCUGUUGUCUCCCUUCAGUUACCUCAACAGGACUAACCUUAAAAAAGUGUUGCUCCUUACUAUAAUCUGGUCUCUAAUGGUCUCAGAACCAUUUUAAACACAAAAGAUGGUAAAUGUAUGAAACAGGUGUGUAUUCCAAAAAACAUGAAAAUGUCACUUCUGUCGCUGUAAUGAAGAGAAGAAAGUAUUAGGAUGUGGAACAGACACAUCAGCUCCCUCCAGUUAACCCAUGAGCCCAGUAGUGAGUCGGGACCAGUGCACCUUUUCCAUUGGUGUAGCUAACCAGUAUAACGCCGCUCUAAAUGAUGAUCUGAAAAAGGACACGUGUGACAAGAAUCAACAUUUUCUGGAAAUUUUCUUUCUGAUUUUUUUUUUGGGGGGGGGG